AUGGCGCAGGCGGUGCCACAUGACAGCCGGAGCAAUGUUGAAGCCUUGCAUGACCCCGUGGCACCGCAUUUCGAGCUUGUCACAUACCCACUCUCUGAUAGCCAGGACGCUAUCGAGGAUGCCGAUUGCCAGGGCGGUGUUUUGGCGGUACUGCGCCGCAGUGGGCGGCUGGAAGUGCGCGACGCUGAGGAGGACCGCGUGCUGCUCCGCACACUCGUACGUAACCCUCACAAGGUCUUUGUGCAUCCCCAGGGCACCUACGUUGUGGUCACUGCCUCUGACGGUGAGGUGAGUUUGCAGAACACGUUCAACGCACGCAUGUGCGCCACCGCUCAGCUACAAGCGACGGACGUUCUCGGUACCGUUGCGCAAGGGUCGCAAGGUGUCGUCGUCGGUGAGUGCGUGGGCUGGCUCCCACAGGACAGCUAUGGGGUAGCACCCGAAGACUACCCGGAAGCGUCGGGAGCCCGUGCCCUGUCUGCUUCCAGGACGCAAGGGUCGUCAACAGCUGGCGCGGCCGAGUGGAGCUGCUUGAUGGGGGUGAACAAGGGUAGUGCCAUCUUUGCUCUUCACGUAUGCGUCAGCAGCAGUAACCCCAACCGGCUGAAGAUGCGAGCUGUGCUGGCGUGGUCGCUGCCGUCUCCCGCAAGCUGUGCCUUCCCGAUCUGCUCCAUUGCGUUCGCGGCGAUGGGGGGCGACGGCUGCGUUCUUCUCAUUUCGACAGCCAUCAAUCUGCACGAAGCACACAGCAGCAGUAUUGCCGCUCCGGGCCCUUUGUUUCACGCACUGAAGUCGGGCACCGUCAAGCUGCGCACGCAGACGGUGCCCCUGUACGCAGGCUCCGCCUCCGCACCGGAGGCGAACGGGCGGGUGCUUCUCUACCGUGGUUCCUAUGCCGCCGCGCCGCAGUCGUACGUCUGGAACAGCGCCGCUGGCGUCGUUCAUGGACUGUUUAACCGCGACGUUUCGACUGACAUGGUGGACGAAAAUGAGCGGCUGCUCUUUCGAACUUCGUCCGUCUCCGAGAGAUCCGUACUCUCGGUGGAUGAGGAGGGGGCGCGCGUGAAUGAGCAGUCGUUCUCGCUCGCUAAAGUCGCAGACGGCACUGACGCGGCCGCGUCUGGAGUGGACAGGGCCGCGUUGCCGCCGUCAGCCGUCCCCAUCGCAGUGGUCCCGACAGCGUUUCACAUGAUUGUGCUCUACCCGCGGCGGUGCAUCGUGCUACACCAACCUCCUGGAGCGUCGUGGCGCAGUUCUGCCGAUAGCGGCGGCGCGGCAGACCGCUUCGCUCCGCCGCUGCCUGCUGAAGUGGUGCAGCGGAUCCGCUUCGACCCGUUCCGGGCAUCGUCGCCGCCGUCCUCUGAGCUGUGCGGCGUCAUCCACGACUCCGAGGCGCGCCGAUUUUUCCUCUUCAGCCGCACGCAUCUCUGGGAAGUGCUCAUUGAAGACGAGGCGCACCAGCAGUGGCGCCUCUUUCUCGAGCGCGGCCGUGACACGCAGGCGCCCUUGGCGGUGCGCAAGCGCUACAUGGAUGCGGCAUGCCGACUUGCCUUCUACUCGGACACUCAGCGCAACCUCUGUCUCUUCCACUGCGGCCAGUUCUUCCUCGACUGCGGAGCCACGCGCCACGCCAUUGCCCAGUUCGCCAAGUGUGACUGGUUCGAGGACAUCUACGCGCUGUUGACGGUAUACCGCAACACAAACGUGCGCACCGCGUUUGUGGAGGCUCGCUUCCGGUUUCUGCUGUCGCAUCUCGCCUCGCUGGACGACUGGGCGCCGCAGCUGACGAGCAUGUUCGUGAUUCUCAUGCUCGCGAAACUCGAUCAAAUCGCGCGCAGCGUCCCGGCUUCCGCCGCCGCCGAGGCGGAUUUUCACAAGUUCCUGCUGAGCACAGUGGAGCAGUGCGGCGUCUUCCUGAAGGAGAAGGCGGUGUAUGAACUGGUGUUGCGCCUGCUGGAGGAGCAGGGUCGGCCCGAGAGCGCAUUGACAUUCGCACAGGCAAUGCAACACACACGCUACGUCGUCGCCUCCCACAUCGUCCAGCAGCAGUUCGACGAGGCUGUCAAGGUCCUCGGCGCGUGUCACGGUUCUGUUGCCCGUCUGCAGCCCUGGUACGAGUUUACGUCCGUACUGAUCCAGCAUCGACCGGUGGCCCUGACGACGGCGCUGCUGCGUGCCCUCACCAAGGAAGCGCGGGCGGGUCGGGUGCUUCCUCUGCAGAUGGAGCGGCUGAUGCCGUCGUUUGUGCGCUAUGAUGUCUCCAUGAACGAGGUGGCCGACAACACGGAGCAUCAGGUGGUGGUGCUGCUCGAUCAGUGCAUUCACCGCUACGACUGCUCUUCGGGUGCAGUGCACAACUACUACGUCCGCCUGCUUGCGCAGACGCACGAUGCCGUGCGCCUCGAUGACUUUAUCAGCACCUCACUCUUCCUUGACACGGGGUACGCACUGCGCAUGUGCCUGGAGCACGGCUGCACGACCGCCGCAGUGGCCCUAUACAAACACAUGCAUCUCUACCGUGACGCCGUCACUACCGCCCUGUACGCGCUUCGCGAGCGGCGCAACAGUGGCAGCGGCAGCUCUGACGAGGACGAGAGCAUGGCCGCGCGGUCGGAGGACAAGGAUGUGCUGCCGGGGCUUGUCGCCGCCGAAGACACGCUGCGCGGACUUGUCGGGAAAGUCGGCAAGGACGAGCUUCGCCAACUGUGGGUGCUUACUGCGGAGCAGGCGCUCGCCAGCCACAACGUUGCCGCGGCCCUCGCGGUCGUGCAGGAAUCGGGCGGCGUUCUCCGCACUGAAGAUGUUCUCCGUAAGAUCGAGGACGUGAAUCUCAUCGACGAUUUUCGGGACGUCAUCUGCGAGUACUUCGACACCUACGCGGAUCAGAAGCGGCAACUCAGCCGAACGCAGGACGAGGUGUACCAGACCGCCGAGGACGUGAAGAAGGACCUGCGGCAGGCGCGCGAACAGUUUGGAUACAUUACAGCGAGCCAGCGCUGUCCGCUCUGCCACCGCAAACUGCUGCAGAGCAGCGCGCCGUACUUUGUGUACCCCAACUGCGGUCAUGUCGUGCACGAGGUUUGUGCUGUGUCGCGGCUCGAGUCUAUGGGUGGCCUGGAGACAUUCCUGGCUGACGAGGGCAUUGCGCCUCACGUACUCGACGGCGUCCGCGACGUUCACCAGCUCGCGGAGCAGGACUGUGUGCUGUGCGGCGAGGCCAUCGUUGUGGAGGUCGACAUCCCGUUGUUUCAGAAGGACGCUUCUUGGGAUUGUUAG